GUCACUGGCAGCCCAUGUGUUGCUUCUUCCUGCGUGUAUCCCGUGUGCCCCCUGUUACUAAGUACCCCGGCUUUCUUCCUUCCUUCCCCUGAGAGGAUGGCUUGUCUGUUCCGGAGGGCAAUAGCCGAACAGGUCUCCCGAGUUGUGGGUCUCCCAUCAGAAACCGUUGCGCAGUCCAUUAGGGUAAUCCCUGUACACAGGAAACACGAAUCACCAGAUUUCCAGCUGUUUGUGAAUUCUCUAUUAGACGGUCAUUCUGAUCCAACAUCCAACAUCCACGAAAAGGCAGAAAAGCUUGCAAAAAAGUUAACCCGCGACUCUGUGAUAAGUGAAAUUGGCGUUGCCCGGGGCGCAGUCACCUUUAAGGUCAACAGGGAAUUAUUAACUAAGGCCGUUUUGCACAAAAUCAGCCAAGAUGGCCAAAGUUAUGGGCUUAAUACAGAGUUACUGUCUGUGUUACCUAAACGGAAGACUAUUGUAGAAUAUAGUUCGCCCAAUAUUGCUAAAAAGUUUCAUGUCGGGCAUUUACGCUCCACAAUAAUUGGAAACUUUAUUGCCAACCUAAAAGAAGCUGUUGGGAAUGAAGUCAUAAGGAUAAAUUACCUUGGAGACUGGGGUCUUCAAUUUGGUCUCUUGGGAACCGGAUUCAGCACCUUUGGUUGUGAAAAGGAACUUGAAGCCAACCCUCUACAGCACCUGUUUGAUGUCUAUGUGAAGAUCAAUGAAGCAGCGGAAAAAGAUGAUGCUAUUAGGUCAUCUGCUAAGGAGUUUCUGAAGAAGCUUGAAGAAGGCCACCCACAAGUGCUGUCUCUGUGGACACAUUUUAGAGAUCUGAGCAUACAGGAAUAUGCUAAAGUAUAUAAGCGACUGGGUGUGCAUUUUGAUGAUUAUUCAGGCGAAUCGUUUUACAAAGAAAAAUCACAGGAAGUCUUGCAGCUACUCAAAAACAAGGGGAUACUAAAGACAACGGAAAAUGGAACUGGAGUUAUAGACCUUUCAGAAGGACAGGACUUUUCGUCUUAUAAAGCUGUAGUGCGGAGUGAUGGAACCUCGCUGUAUAUUACCAGAGACCUAGCUGCUGCAAUCGAUCGAAUGGAUACAUAUAGGUUUGGUGAAAUGAUCUAUGUGACAGACAAAAGUCAGCAGACACAUUUUCAGCAGAUGUUCAAGAUUUUGGAGAUCCUUGGCAAAGAUGCAGGCCGCUGCUAUCACGUCCCAUUUGGGCUAGUAAAAGGCAUGAAGACUCGAAAAGGAGAUGUGAUUUUCUUGGAAGAUGUCUUGGAUGAAGCCCGCGCUAGAAUGCUGCAAAAUAUGGCGGCUGCAGAAACAAGCAAAGAGCUUGAAGACCCUGCUGGUACUGCUGAAAAAAUUGGGAUUGCAGCUCUUAUUGUGCAGGAUUUCAAGGGGCCACUUCUGUCGGAUUACCAGUUUGAUUGGGAUAGGGCGCUGCAGAGUUACGGAGAUACUGGUGUGUUUUUGCAGUACACGCAUGCACGGCUGAACAGCCUGCAAGCCUUAUGUGAUAUGGGAGACUACACAGACACCGAUACCUCAUGUUUGCAGGAGCCCUCUGUGAUCUCCACCAUGCAGCAUCUUCUCAGGUAUGAUGAAGUAGUACUGAAGUGUUUAGAGGACCUACAGCCAAGAUAUCUGGUCACCUAUCUGAUGGGACUUGGACAUCUGGCAAGUGUAGCUCACCGCACGCUCCCAGUGAAAGGAAGCACCCCAGAGGUCGCACUGGCUCGUCUUCUAUUUUUCAGAAAUGUGCAAAAGGUUCUUGGCAACGCAAUGAAGAUUCUUGGAAUUAUGCCUGUAACUAAUAUGUAAACGUAUUUUCAGGUCAUUGAGACCUUUUAAUAAAACAACAUUUCAAUAGGCA